AGAUGAACAAAGAAAGGUUGAGGGUAAAAUCUUAUUAAGGUAAAGGUUUUCGUUAGGUUCAAGGGAAUUGAGAAGAACAGAAGCAGAUUCUGAAUUAGAAGAAGAAGAUGGAAUCGAAUUUUUGAAGAGAUGAAGAUGGAAAGCAGGGGCGAAGUAGGGAAGGCGGUGGGAUUGUUGAUAUGCGGUACUUUGGUGUAUUACCACUGCGCCUAUCGCAAUUCAACUAUUCUGUCUCUCGUCUCCGACGUCCUCAUUGUCCUCCUCUGCUCCCUCGCCAUUCUCGGCCUUCUUUUCCGCCAAAUGAACAUCUCCGUACCUGUAGAUCCACUUGAGUGGCAGAUCUCUCAGGAUACUGCUAAUAGCAUUUUUGCCUGGUUAGCUAAUACCAUAGGUGCCACAGAGUCUGUUCUCAGGGUUGCAGCAACUGGGCAAGACAAGAGGCUAUUCUUUAAGGUUGUUGUUUCGCUUUAUAUACUGUCAGCUUUGGGACGGUUGGUAUCAGGCAUGACAAUUGCUUAUGCUGGAUUAUGCUUCUUCUGCCUUUGCAUGUUUGCUGAGAACUUGCAGACAAUCCAAACAUGUUGUUCUCUGUUUCAACGGCAAAGAAAUGACUCCGCUGCAGAAGAUGAUAAUUUGUGACUUAAAAAAUCCUUCUUUUUUUUGGGUUGAUCAUAUAUUCUGUUUUGAUACAUGUAGUUGUUUAUUGUUUCUGUAAAAUGAAACUUGUGCUUGAAAUCUACGCUACAGGCACAGAAACUGACCUUGUGUGGAAUUCACCCGGUGGGACUGUGUUCAAUCCCUAUCAACCCCUUCCCCAUUUCAACCCCUUCCCCAUUUCCCCCUCCCCUUUAGUUGUAACAAAUUACCUAUGUUCAAGAAAAAGGGGAUCUUGUGCUUUUGACCAAAGAUUUAGUGAAUAAGAUGAAUAAUUCAAU